AAAAGAUAAUACAGACCCAAAAAACAAAACUAAUCUAACGGCUCUAUUACUUUCAGAAAAUUCCCUCCCCUUCUUACAAAUUUGAAUUACUUUCUCUCUCUUUCUCUUUCUCUUUCUCUUUCUCUCUCCUCCUUAAAUGAAAUAGAAAAACCCCCAAAAAACCUAAUACCAUUUUGAAAACAAAAGAUGUUUCUUGGGCUGCUCACUUCCAUAAUUCUCUUUUCUUUCCCUUAUCUCUUUCUCUCCAUCUUCUAAUUCAAAUUUCUUUUCUCUCCCCAUUUAUUUUCCCAACAUUUUCAGACUUUCCUCAACAAUGGGUACUUGUUUUAGCAAGAAGAAACCCUCUUCUUCUUCUCCUCCCACUAUUCCUUCUUCUGCUGUUGCCGAUUCUGGGAAUGCUGCUAAAUCUUCAGCGACGGUUAUGGCGGAUCUAAACAAUCGCAAACCCGACAACCCCUCCAAAGCUGAAAACACUGAGAUGGUGAAGAUGAAGCUGAAACCAGAGAAGGCUAAGGAAAAGCAAGAACAAGAAGCUGAAGAAGAACAACAACAACCAGCUACGGUGAAAAAGGAGAUCUUUGUCAUCAAACACAGGAAGAGCCAUGAAGGUAGCAGAGAAAGAGAUUCCAAAAACCCAUCUUUCCAACAAAAUGGACUACAAAUUAGAGCAAAAGCCGAUGGGGUUGCUUCGCCUUCGGCUUCUUCGCCAAUCGAAGUGGCUUCUGUUGAAUCGGUGGAAAACAAAGUUCCGGCAGCGGCGGUGGCUAUGGGAGUGGGUGUGAGGACCUCCAGCUGUACUAAAGAAGAGGUGGAUGCCAUUCUCAUACAGUGCGGAAGGCUCAGCCGGAGCUCUUCCGGUAAAGCUGCUUCUUCUUCGGCUUCUUGCGAUCGGGGAAGGAAGUAUUCCGGUUCGAAAAGGAGCUAUGAUUUCGACCACUGCGAGAACGAUGCUGCAAUUGCUGCCUUCGAUGACAAGAAGAAUGAGAACAACGAGUUUGAUGGUGAUGAAAUGGCGACGGAGAAACGCCAUAGCCAUAGGCAAAGAACUCGGCAAUCUUCGAGAGCUUCUCCUUCUUCUCAAGGAAGAAGAAGAACCCCAAGCAGGGAAAGAGACGGCCAGCAAAGAUCCAGUAGCAGAGAGAGACGGGUUAGUCGGUCUCCCGGAAGACGGUCAUCGGAGACCUCUGGAAACAACCAUUCCAGUACUACCAAUGGGGCUGCUACUACCGGUAAUAGCGGUAAUACCGGAAGUACUAAUCGGCCAGGGAAGAUGGUCUCGGUCCCUGCAACCAUUUCUUCCUUGGUGAUGGACAAGAGCAACAAUGGAGAUCAAUCCGCUACAGCCACCAAUGGAACAAUUAAGAGGAUUUCUGUGAAGAGAAAUGUCGGCGAACCAGCAGCAGCAACAAUGGCGGGUUCAAGGACAGCUGCAUCACCUCGUGCUCAGUCUCCUUCAAGAGGAAACGCCAUUGCUAAAGCUUCAAACGAAGUUCAUCAACAUCAACAGCAACAGCAACAACAACAGCCUUCACUCAGCCGAAACUCCUCAAGAAAAGCAGAGCAAUCUCCCUACAGAAGGAACCCAUUGAGCGAAAUUGACCCGAACUCUCUCCAAUAUCCACAAGCACACAACAACAACAACAAUAUCAAUCGGUCACAGCAAACCAAGUUCAAAAGAGAAACUGAUCAGGAAGGUCAAGAAAUCCACUUUGUUCUCAAUCAGAAACCAAAUGUGGAAAUGAACAAGACCAUGAAUAUAGUUCCUCAAGGUGGUUCUAACUACAGAACAAACAGCAGAGGAACAAUGGACAACAACCAUAACAACAACAAGGUUGUGAACCUUCCAGCUCAGCCUCCAAUGGCUGGACCUCAAUCACUGACUAGAACCAGAUCUUCUCGGAGAUCCAGAGAUUUAGACAUCGAUCCAGAAAAUCUCUUGAACCCAACACCAUCUUAUACAAGACUUUUGCUUGAAGACAUCCAGAAUUUCCACCAAAAGAGCACCACCACCACCAACGUUGCCACUGUUGUCUCUCUACCUCCAUGUGUGAGCAAAGCUUGCUCCAUUCUCGAAGCUGUUGCCGAUCUCAAUUCCACUACAAGUUCCAACCUUUCCUGUUCCUUCUCAGAAGACCGAACAACCCCACCACCACCGCCGAGCAAUGGCUAUAACUAUUCAUUGGCUGCCAACCUUGUAGGAAAAAACAUGUCAGAGAAAGACCCGUUUGUGGAAUCCGAGGUAAUAAGCAAUGACGAUCUGACUGAGCCGAGUUUCCAUAAAUAUGUGACAGUGAGAAGAGGAGGAGUAGAUAUGGAGGACCAAGAAUCCUCGGGUAGCAACAGCUUUGUUGGUGGUGUUCAUCAACAGCAAUGGUCUUCCUCGUGGGAACCCAACUCGGCUGAUUCCACAGAUUGCUGGACUUCAAGGUCGAAGAGUCCAGUGAGCAUGGACAUGGCUGAAGCGGAAGCCGAAGAAGAGGCUUGGAGGAGAGUCAGUGGAAGAAAAAGCGGAGGAAUUGGGCGUGGUAGGCUCGGUGGAGCCUCCAAUAAAGGUCUUCAUGCUAUUCCUGUGGCUGCAGCUGCUGCUUCCUCGUAUUAGUGAAAAUGGCUUCUCUUUUUUCCAUUUUUUGUUCAUUAUUUCAGUUUGUAUUAGUACUUUUAGUUGGAUUUCCAGAGGAAGAGAUCUCUCUCUUUUUCUUUUUCUCAGCUGUUCAUGGAGUUGCAAACUUGCAACCACUUUUCUUUCAUUAUUUUUUGUUUUAUUUAGAAUCAAAGCCAUUGAUUUUCCAUGCAUGUUCUAUUGCU